AUGGACAAAGUUUUAGAUGAAGCAGUAUCUGUGCCAAUUCCUCUAGUGAAUGGCCCUGAGUGGAUUGGGAAGAGGCUGGUGGGGGGCUGUGUUGUGGGAGCCCCCCAGCAGCACCAGGAGCACCAGGCAGGGAAAACACUGUGGGUGGCCCUUGGUGCUUCACUUGCCCGCUCUGUGGAAGUUCAACCCCAAAUCCUGACCUUCACCAUCAGUGGGAAGGCGCAGGAGGCGCAGCUGACGGUCGUGUGCCCCCGCGCUCGCAGCAAGAGGGGAACGGCCGUGCUGCGCUUCAAGAGGCUCCAGCUGGAGCAUUCCGAGAUGCUCCCCCUGGUCCUCCGUAACAGUGGCACCAAACCUGUCAAGUUUAUGUUACAGCUGGAGGAUGAGCACGGAGUGUUCUCCUUGAAAGGCAGGGCCUUCACAUUCAAGACAGUCCUCACUGGAGAUAUGGAAGAGGACUCCGUCAGAAACGAGACCAAGCCCCCAAAGCAGACUUUCGUCCUUCUGCGUCAUGGGCAAUCGGCACAGUUUAAGGUCAUUUUCAAACCCACUCUGGCUCAACGUGUGGAAGGGAAGAUUGCUCUGUUAGUGGGGGACAUCUGCAUGACCCUGGUUGAGCUGGUGGGUGAAGGCCACAACGACGAAUUCACCCUUGAUGGAUUAAAGGAAGACACCCAGGAGAGGAAUGCUAAGAGCAGUCUGAGGAAAGACAUCAUUGAUGCUGUCAGAGUGAAUCACAUCGAGUUUGGGCACUGUCCUGUCGGGAAGCGCUGCCGCAGGACCUUCACCAUCACCAACCGCACCCUUACGCAGGCCAUGCGCUUUGAGUGGGAUGCAGACGCCCCAUUCCAGUUCUCCCCCAAGGUGGGACACCUCCAUCCUGGCUGUGCCAAGGGCAUCACAGUGAUCUUGCGAUCAGAUGUCCCAGUCACCUUCAGAAGGCACCUUGUGAAAUGUAAGGUGACCAAGAUCAACUUUGAGCUGCCACGAAGGAAGGUUCUAGACUGGGACGACCAAAUGCGCACUGUGACAUGGAAGGAUACCAUGUGGAAAGACCCAGCAGCCAGGUGGCCUAAAAAAGAGAAGGUGGUUGAGCCAGUCCCGGAACCAGCUCACACUGUGGUGGAGGAGAGCAGCCAGGAGGCUGAGGUGUACCUCAGUGCUGUUGUUGCCCAUGCCCAGUUCAAACUGAGCACAACCGUGGUUGAGUUCAAGGAUACCUUGCCCUUCCAGACAAGGACAGCCUUUUUCAGGCUAUACAACACAGGGAAGAUAGCCCUGGAAUACUCCUGGGAGGAAGCUGGAGAUAGUGAAGCAGCGAUGAGGUCUGCUCUGGCACGUAAUUUCCUCUCCUCUGAAACUUUAAGGCGUUGCAGAAACCUGCUGCAUCGUUUUGGGUGGCAGCAGGACCACGAAACUCAGGCUUUUGAGCUGCGGCUGCUGCAGCGGCUGGCUAAGCACCUGCAGGAUUCCAAGCAGCAGCAGUUCGAGCAGCAGGACCAUCCCAAGAAGCUGCGCAACUCAAAGCGCGUUGGUUCCGCCCUGGAAAUCUUCCCAGAUGCCAUCUAUGACCUGCCACUGUUCUCCAUCAAGCCCUACCACGGCAUCAUCACUCCUGGCCAGAAGCAGGCCUUUCAAGUGCAGUUCUCCCCGAAGUGCGCGGGGAUGUUCCAGACCACCCUGCUGUGCAGAAUUUCUAACCUGAAUCCAACUGAGAAGAUGAGGCAGGUGACUGUGAAAGGCAGAGCCUUGGAGCAGAAGAUUCUUGGUAGGGCCGACGGAGAAAGGCCAGGGAGCCAAGGAUCAGGUGCUCUGGAAAGCAGCACCUGAGGGACAGCAUUUGUGUCAGCUGGAGCUCCUGCAGGAGGCAGCAACAUCGUGCCUUCUGCUGCUGCUGGUCUCCACCCUUCACCAGAGACCUCUGCAGCUACCCUUCCGAGCUCCAGUGAAGACCAACCUUAAAUCACCUACAUAACUGUUUAUUAGAUUGACAAUAAUUCAUUUUCAACAAUUAAUUGUUAAUAAACAAUUGUUAAUAAAUUGUUAACUGUCAGCUUGUCUUGGUUUGAAAGACAGGUGUCUGUGGGACCU